AUGAAUACCAAACUUCUCAUUAUUUUCGUGUUACUAUCAGUUGUUAUUGGAAGCAUUGCUAGACAAUGCUAUAAAUGUACUGCAUGUCCUAGACCAUUCAAGGGAAAUGAAGGAGGUGUUGGCAAAGUCGAUGUUGGAGACAAUGAUUACUGUCAAAAAACGAUUGCGUCGGGUAUUGAAAGUCGAGACAGUGGUGGUAAUGAUUGUACACCUAUCGAUAAAUCGAAAUAUUGUUGCAAAGGCGAUUUAUGUAAUGGAGCAACAACAGUUACAGCAACUAUGAAACUUUUGGUAGCAGCAGCUAGUCUACUAUUUGUUGCACAAUUCUUUCAAUGA